AUGGCGCCUGAGGUAAAGUUGCACGGUACGGGGUCUGCCAUGGACGGGGUGGCCGCUGCCGCAGACCGUCGGGACGAGCCCCUGAUAGAGAUUGAACUAGCCCGGGUAGCGGCCUUCACCAAGGUCCUGCAGUCUGGCGGGUCCAUCCUCUCCAUGUUCGCGGAGGCCGUGAGGAGCCACCCGGGCAAACCGUUCGUGCUGUCCGGCGACGAGGUUCAUACGUACGCACAGGUGGACUCCAUGGCGAACCGUGUAGCGAACUUGUUCCACGGGCGGGGGUUCCACAAGGGGGACACCGUGGCCCUGCUGAUGUACAACGGGCCUGCCUUCGUCUGGACUUUCCUGGGCCUGGCCAGACUCGGGGUGAAGAUGGCUCUUCUCAACACCAACCUCAGGGGACAGGGGCUCAUGCACUGCUUCAGGGUGGCGGGGGCCAGGGGCAUCAUCGUGGGACAAGGCCAACCGCUCCUGGACGCCACCUUGGAGCUGCAGCCGGAACUGCAGGCGGAGGGUGCCUCCAUCUGGCUGCAGGGUCCUGCUCCCCCCCCUGCAGGCAUGUCGGCCCUGGAUGGACCGGUCCGGCGGGAAUCCGACCAACCGCUGCCGGUUAAAGUCACCAUCUUACCCACAGACACACUCUGCUACAUCUAUACCUCAGGAACCACAGGCCUCCCGAAGGCUGCCAUCAUCCCCCAUGCGAAGUUUGUGGCCAUCAGCAGCACCAUUAUGCACUACGCUGGCGUCUAUCCCGACGAUGUGUUCUACAUCACUCUGCCUCUGUACCACACCAGCGGGCUGGCACUGGGGCUGGGGACUGCUAUCACUAAAGGUGCAACCUUAGCUCUCAGGAGCAAGUUUUCUGUUCGCCACUUUUGGGACGACUGUCGACGUUACAAGGCGACUGUUAUUCUCUACAUCGGAGAGCUGCUGCGUUAUCUGUGUACUGCUCCUCUGCGCCCAGAUGACAGGGACCACAGCGUGCGUCUGGCGUUCGGGAACGGUCUCCGGCCGGACAUCUGGCAGCAGUUCCAGGACCGCUUCGGGAUCCCGCGGAUCGGAGAGUUCUACGGAAUGACAGAAGGCACCAUGGGACUCACCAACAUCCACAACAAGGUCGGGGCGGUCGGGGUGGCCUCUCCACUGUACAGGAAACAUAAAAAUUUCACUCUGAUCGAGUGUGACAUCGACACAGGAGAGCCAAUCAGGGGGAAGGAUGGAAAAUGUACUGAGGUCAAACUAGGCCAGACUGGUCUCCUGGUGAACAGGUUAUCCCCGGCCACUCCGUACGCCGGCUACCUCGGGAAACGGGAACUCACCGAGAAGAAAAUCUUACGAGAUGUCUUCGAGAAAGGGGACAUGUACUUCAACACAGGUGACUUGAUGAUGAUCGACAAGGAGUUCUUCAUCUACUUUGUGGAUCGGGUCGGAGACACAUUCAGGUGGAAGGGAGAGAAUGUAGCGACCACAGAAGUUGCCCAGGUUCUUAGUAAGAUGGAAGGAGUGCAGGAGGUCAAUGUCUACGGGGUCAAGGUGCCAGGCCAGGAUGGUCGAGCAGGCAUGGCGUCCAUCCUCCCCAACCCUGGAAAGAAACCUGACUUUCCGCGCUGGUACAGGUACAUCCAAGCAAAGCUGCCUCCCUACGCACGGCCACUGUUCCUCCGAUUAUCCAAGGAGAUCCAGGUGACAGGAACGUUUAAGCACCAGAAGGCUGUGCUGGUGAAGGAAGGGUUUGACCCCGGGAAGGUCGGGGACCCGCUGUUUGUGGUCGACAACGGCAGGAAAUCCUACGUCCCUCUGGACCAAACGGCCUACAGGAGGAUUGUAGUAGGGCAGGCCAGGCUGUAG